GACUUUUAUUUGAAAUCAGAACAGCACUCGAGAACAGAUUCGACGGCCAGGUUGAUAUUACCAUACAUUUAGUCUUCUAUACGUUCCGGAUUACUCACGAUACAUCACGAAUCCGACGCCUUCGAGCCGCCACCGACGAGAACGAUUUAUAAAGGGGAAGGACACCUCGCCGCAUCAGGACAGCAUACCCUCACGACCACCGAGUAUUCUACUAUCACGACUCUUUAUUACGGGAUAUCGCGCCGAUCGUACUUGAUUUCGCAAUAGAAUAAAUAGACAGAUAAAUAUGGGAGGCUCAUUGUCGCGAAUGUGGUCCCUACUGUGGGCGAAAAAGGAGAUUCGAAUUUUGAUUUUAGGUCUUGACAAUGCGGGGAAAACGACGCUUUUGUAUAGAUUAAAGAUUGGCGAGGUUGUUACGACGAUUCCCACAAUCGGCUUCAAUGUCGAAUCGGUCACUUACAAGAAUCUAAAUCUGAAUGUUUGGGAUCUUGGAGGCCAAACCUCUAUCCGUCCCUACUGGCGAUGCUACUACGCCAACACCGCCGCCGUCGUCUUCGUGAUAGAUUCCACCGAUAUCGAGCGAUUAGGAAUCGCAGCCGACGAAUUGGCAGCCAUGUUGAACGAGGAAGAGCUCCGGGAUGCCGCGCUGCUGGUAUUCGCCAAUAAACAGGAUCAACCUGGCGCAAAGGGGGCUGGAGAGAUCUCCGAAGCGUUGAAGUUGGGUGAAUUACGUGAUCGGAAUUGGAGUAUUGUUGCUUGUUCGGCUAUUGAUGGUAAAGGUAUUAAUGAAGGCAUGGACUGGUUGGUGGUAAGUUCUCUCACUCGCUGAUCAAUAAUGGGAUACCGCUGACCUGGUUUUUUUUUUUUUUUCCUUUCUUUCAGCAAACAAUUCAGUCGGAGAAUGCAUGAAUGAAGGAAUAACGGUACCAUCUUUCGUGACUUUACUUUGCAGCAGCAUCAAUUCCCCAGGCGUCUUGCUCGUUCUUCAAUCUUCAACCUUUUGUUUCGUCGGCAUCCUUCCAUAGCUUUAGAAGCCGUCAUGUUGCGUGUGUGCCUUAGACGUGGUUCGGUGUCAACGGCAGGUCAGUGGUUGAUUGACCUGUCUGACUGUUUGUUGGCGUGAUACUGGCGAUGCCAGCGCUAUUCUAUAAUACCUGCUUUUAAUCAUGAUAGUAUAUAAUUUUCUUUUUCUUUCGCUUCUGAUCCAUAACAGUGAGACAGGGCGGAACGGUUAGCCCUAGAGGCUAUUCUCGCAUUGGUAUCGUUGGAUCGAGAAAUGAGACAGUGGAGAUGGUGAGCUGAGGUAAGAUUGACAUGUGAUCGUGGCUUGCAACACUUACAACAUUCUCACCCUCCACCAUUGCUUAUUUUUCAAGCUUCAUAUAUUUAUUUAAUUCUCUGUGCCAUUCCAUUAUUUAACUGAGCAGUGUCGUCCUCGUCCUCGUCCUCGUGAGAAUCAACCUCAAAUCAAUUCUUCUGGUCUC